AUGCGAGACCUGUCCGCGCUCGUUUUUGCUUUGGGCUUGUUCCAACCUGGCGUUCUCGCCUCGUCCUCGAAGUCUGCUCAACAUCUGGUCCUCAAUCGCCGGAGCUCGUCGGGCCCCAGCAAUGCCACUUCGAGUCUGCUGUCCACGACAUUCGGCACCAUCUUCGAUGUCAAUGUCACCAUCGGCGGCCAAACAAUUGCCCUCCUUGUCGACACCGGAAGCAGCGACACGUACGUGAUGAGAACCGGCUACCAGUGUUUCGACAAGAACAACGGCACCGAGCUCCCGCAGUCGGCCUGUUUAUACGGCAAUGCGACGUAUACUCCGUCCCCUACAUACUCUGAAAUUCCCAAUGAGAUCUUCGGAGUCCAGUACGGCGACGGCAUAGCCUCCGGUGUCUUGGCCGACGAAGAUGUCACACUCGCCGGCAUCACGGUCAAGAAUGCAACCAUCGGAGUGGCUAAUCGCUCGACUCCCAUGGGCGACGGCGUCAACUCCGGCCUUCUGGGCCUUGCGUAUCCCGCAUUGACAUCGGGUCAUCCGGCCAAUGUCACGGACAACACGACCUACUUCUACAACCGCCUCACAUACGAUCCCGUGCUGUUCACCAUGCACCAGCAAGGGCUGAUAGACCCAUACUUCAGUCUGGCCCUAGCACGGACACCACAAAACGCCACCUCGGGCUUCGGCGGCUACUUGUCUCUCGGCAGUCUUCCGCCCGUUCAGCACAGCGACGAAUUCAGUAGUGUCUCGGUUGAAAUUGACGAUUCCGUCCCCGUCCAAGUCACAUCCAACGAGCGCGUCCGCGCCUAUUGGACACUGAACGUUUCCUCUAUUGUCUACGGGCCCGGGAAUAGCACCACACGCCCUUCUGCUCCCCAACCUAACAACAUCACAACCUCUUCCACCCUCACAAACGCCACCUCGUUCCAAGCGUUCAUCGACGACGGCAAUUACUUCUCUUUCCUCCCCGACGCAGUAAUCACCACUGUGAACUCCCUGUUCUCGCCUCCUGCUCUCUUCGAUCCCACCACGGGUUUCUGGCUCGUCGAUUGCGCUGCCACGCCACCGCAAUUCGGCCUUGAGAUUGGCAAUCAGACAUUCUUCCUCGACGGCCGCGAUCUGGUCUAUCAGACCGCCGACCCGAGCAGCGGUGAGGCGCAAUGCGUUUCGAACAUCUUGAGUUCGGACUUCAGCGAGGGAACGUAUGGGCAGAUCACGUUGAAUAUCAUUGGCUCGCCGUUCCUCAAGAACGUGCUUACCGUGUUUGACUUUGGGGCCAACGAGAUUCGGUUGGCCAAGUUGGAGGGAGAAGUGACUGAGAGCGAGGGUCAAGGUCAAAGUGGAAGCGGCAGAAGCAGCGGGAAUGACAAUGGUAAUGGGACUGCUCCAGUAAGCAAUGCUGCUGCGUCUGUGAAGUCUUUGAAUUCUUGGUUAUUCUUCGCGCUGCUGACCUCGAUCGUGGGUGUCACGAUCUGCCUGUUUUUGUAG